AUGUCCACGCUCUUCCCCCCCCUCUUCCCCGCAAGUCACCGACCUCCCUGUGGUUCAACCUGGACUCGGCCGUGUGUGGAUGAGAACGAGCUGCAGCAGCAGGAGCAACAGCACCAGGCCUGGCUCCAGAGCAUCGCAGAGAAAGACAACAACCUGGUCCCCAUAGGAAAGCCCGCCUCCGAGCCCUACGACGAGGAGGAGGAGGAGGAUGACGAAGACGACGAGGACAGCGAGGAGGAUUCGGAGGACGAUGAGGACAUGCAGGACAUGGAUGAGAUGAACGAUUAUAACGAGUCUCCAGAUGACGGUGAGAUUGAGGUCAGUGAAAGACUCCGGUUGUGUCUUCCUGAGCUUCCCGACUCAAAGCCGAACUCCGGGCCGGUUCCGUCCCGCCCAGGAACGCAUGGCAGGGUGAUGUCAUCGCAUUGGAAGCCACACCCUCUGCCCGGGGCUCCUGGGAGGCGGUACUAUGCCGACAUCACUUCCUGUUACUGUGCAGGGCCGCCGGAAGAAACUACAAGUCCCAUCAUGCAAUGGGUGUGA